GGCAAAAAGAAGACGGGUGUUUGUUGGUGCAGGCGCCCGGUCUGCGCAUCGAGACGGACGACCCUCCUCCACCGCAUUUCUGUUCGCUUCACGGCGUGUCUUUUGAGCGUUUCUGCCUCCUCCCUCUCCUCCGCACCUCUGCACUUCUCGUACGGCGGCGUAGACGAACUUGGCUACUACCAUCCUCUGCAAGCCUCUUCGCUGUUGCUGUUGUUUUUCGUAUUUUGGUUAUUCUCUCUCGUGUACUUUUUGUGGUAUUCAUUCGUCAUGUCGCACAGCACGGGAGAUGACAACUCUGUGGUGCAUCUCAGCUCGAGUGCCCACCUGCGUGGCGGCGCUCCGCUGACGACCCUCGGCCCGCGUCGCCCGCCCCUGUCUCGCUGGACCGUUGACGACGUUCAGCAGCACGUCUUCUUUGUGGUGUGGGUGUGCGGCAUCCCGGUGCACGUGCGCUACAUCGCCGAGCUGCUGCAGCACAGCACGGUGGGGAAGUCCCACGCAGGAGCCGCGUCGUCACCGAUGAACUACGCGGCGAUAGCCCAGCAGGUAAUUCUGGCCCCUGUGUGCGAGCGCGGCAGACGUGUGGGGACGACCUUGUGCGCCUGGCCAACGACGGGGGCUUUCGCGCCGCUCUCCACCGCCCUCUCGUUUCUCGUUCCGCUCGGCAUUGCCGAGGCCACAUCCACCGCGGCGAGAGCGAGCGCGGAAGACGAAGACGAAGAGGAGACACCAACAGAGAACACGGAUCGUCGUCGCAGCGCAGCAACAACACCGAACGUACAACCGGAAACGACCGUCACCCGUGAAGUGCGCUGCACCGAAGCGUCAGGAGGUGCCUCUGUCGUCCGCGCCGUUGCCGUGGAGCCGGAUGAGCACUUCGCCAACGUGAUGGCGUUGGCCUUAUACUCGCCUGCCGACAGAAGAGUAGCCCUCCGCGCCGCCCCCGCCUCCACCGCUGCGCCCUCCCACCUGUCCGAGCCGGUGGACCCUGCGUGGUGCUCGCGGGCCUACUGGACAGCCGUGCGCCAAGGCCAGCAGUGGGCGGAUCGCUUCGCAGCGUCCGAUGUGGCCGAGGACGACACAGACGGAGGGGGUGAGAAGAGUCCAGCGAAUCACGCGGCGCCUCCGUCCUGCACUCUCGUCCCUCCAGUCCCUGCAUCGUCCAGUGUGCGUGCAGAACGAAGACGCAGGCGCGGCGACGCCUCUCCGGCUCCGGCUCCGGUGGAGACGGUCAUCAUUGACGCAGAGGAGGGAGUUGAGGGGCCGUUGAAGCGCAACGGCACGUCCGCAUCGACGGUGAAGGCGGCGGAGCCCGUCAUUGUCGUUGACAGCGACGACGAGUAA